AGAAGUGACUCAAGCAGAGACCAAUAAGAGAACUGUCAGUGUGUUCUUCCUUUGUCCAAGUAAAAUUAGAAUUUCGUUUGAAGACGUAAUGAAGUGUGUGUUUGUUGGUAACAAAACCGCACUCUUCUCACUAAAGUGGUGACAUUCUGUACGAAACGACAGAUUGGAAUAAUACUGACUCGAAGUGGAAUGAAAUAGGACAUUUUUUUAGCAGGCUUUAUUACGUAGUUAAAGUAUAAACUUGUCUAAAUUAUAACCAAAAUGACAGAGUACGGACUCACGGAGGAGCAAGUAGCAGAAUUCAGGGAAGCCUUCAUGUUGUUUGACAAAGACUCGGAUGGCAGGAUCACAGAAACAGAAGUAGGAAUCGUCAUGAAGUCUCUUGGACAAAAUCCCACUGAAAAAGAACUGCAUAAUAUGGUUGAGAUGGUGGAUCAAGACGGUUACGAUAAUGCGCGAUUGUCCCGUUACCUAUGGGUAGAAUUUGAAGGUAUAAAACGAUUGUCCCGUUACCUAUGGUUUAACGAAUUUUUGUUCAUGAUGUCGAAAAAGAUGAAGGAAUCUGACAGAGAGGAAGAGUUGCGUGAGGCCUUCAGGGUAUUUGAUAGAAAUGGGGACGGGUUCAUCAGUUCGUCGGAACUCAGCCAUGUGAUGUUUAACCUCGGUGAGAAGCUGACAGAAGAUGACGUAGACGAUAUGAUCAAGGAGGCCGACUUGGAUGGUGAUGGACUAGUGAAUUAUCAAGAAUUUGUGACGAUUCUGACUUCCCCAAAAUGAAAUGUGAUAAAGAACGUCAAGAAACGAACUAUUCCGAGCAUUGGCGUGUUUUGUAUAUUUUGAGCACCCUCCUUGCCUAAAGCCGAAAGAUUGGAGUGCUUUCGAAACGUGGACAUUCCUAUAUAUGACAGGAGAUUAAAAGUUUUUCUUUUUCAAGGAAGAAGGACUCUCUUCGAAAGUGCUCGAGCAUUUUAUGUGUCGCUUAUAUUCUUGGUUUAACAUUUCCUUAAUAUUUAUAUUGAUUUUGAGUAAGGACUUAUCAAUUAUGUUUGCGAUUCAGAACCCACAUUUGUUCGUUUUGAAAAAUGUGAUUUACUAUUGGAAGUUGGAAGUUCGUAAAUCUUCCCGUCUUUCCUUGUAGCAACCGCCUCUGUCUCAUUACGUUUUAAACAGGAAAGCACACAUUAUUGCUAAGAGUAUCAUGUUCAUUACUUCGAAAAGAAAUAUCGCUUACGUUAUUUUAUGCUUAGGGCGUCUGGCAGUGUAUAUGUAUAACAGAUGAUUUAUUUGCGUGCUACUUUUAUCAAUCCUAAACUCUAAAUAUAUUGUUUAGUGUUAAUGUGUGCACGUAUCCACUGUUCUUGGCAUAUGAAUUUCAUGUUUUGAAUACUAAUCUAAUAUAUAAAGACACACACGCAUAUAUAUAACGUUAUCUUCUAGUAUAUCCUUAGUGAGCGAAAUAUCUCAUACAGUCUGAAAAUUGCAAAGUUGGGUGAGCAUCAAGUCUUGCUAUAAUUGUUAACGGUCUUCAAAAAUUUAAUUCAACAUUUUAGGUAAAAUGUAUCGGUGGUAAUGGGCUGGAAAUUACAGUGCGUAUAGGGUACAAAUUAGAGGAGGCCGGGUCUGGUUGACUCACAUUUAAAAAAAAUAAAAGUCACCUGCGAAUUUCAAGAUAAUAAAUUUCG